CACAGGGCACUACGGGAAAGAGAACUUCCGCCAAGGCCAACUUGAUCAUAACUUCAUCUCCUCUGGAUUCGUGACACUGGGACGACCGCACCUAAAAGCGCAGCACUCUGUAGACGAUUUAGGGCAGCUGUCCUGGCAGGGAGAUCUGGACGUUCCUAAUAUCUCCUACAGCAACCACCAACAUGAUUAUCAACAUAGUCACCUGGAUCUUACCCAGGCCCACACACCUAAAAUUGCCCACAGACAAAUGAGACAUGAGAAGCCCCAGCGCAUGAACAACAUCCUAACCUCGCAGACAGAGCCGUACGACCUGGACAUGUCCUUCUCACGCUCUUUCCAGAACCUCACCCACCUGCCUCCCAACUACGAGCUGGCGGCAAUGAGCAAAGCUGACUUAAGUAAAUACUCCUCUCUCCACAAAUUAAGUGAUAAGGACAUAGAUGAGUACUACAYGCGGAAGCGACACCAAGACUUGGCAGGUCGGCAGAUUCUGCAGCCGCCCCACAUGGUGAAGCUGAACACAGAGCCCCACCAGCAGCACCGUCAGCGGCCUCACCGUGUCCAGAGGRCCAUGUCCCAGGACCAUGUGCUGUCCCCAGAGAGGACCCCACGUCAUGGCUACGGCCUCUCRGCCUACAACAUGGGCRUCUCUUCCUACGGCAGCCGCAUUCUCUCAGAGGAGCAGCUGCUCUCCGCAGACCGCCUGCAGUCCCAGGACCCCCUGCUCUCGCCGGACAAGAUGCUGUCGCUGCGGCGCUCCAACUUCCGGGAGAAGGCCAUGUCGCGGGCCAUGUCCCAUGUAGACAUCAACUUUGUGCCCACCACACCUGUCAUGGACCGCAGUGAGCGCUACGCUAAGAUGCAAAAGAUGCACUCCCAUCCCACUACCAUCAACGACUCAUACAACACACUCACCGUCAACCACCCGACCACCAACAAGAGGCAGCAGUUUGCCUCACGACGGACACACACGGUGGACCAUCUACAGUACAUCCCAGGCCACCARCACAACAACCAGUACCGCACRGCCAGUAAGAACGAGGUAACUGUUUAACGAGAGGGUGGCUGGCCAAGGAUUCCUGUGUCAACAGACUGUCAACAGAUGAAAACAGCAGAUACUUCCAGAGGUGUGCAACCUCACCAUAGGUCUUCUUUUCAAAGUAGCCAACAACUAACCCUUCUUGCUUUCAGCUCAAGCUCUCUGUUUCAUUCAGAUUUGGAUUAUCACAACUAGAAUCAACAACCACAAAGACAUCUGUWCUUUCUCUAUAGGGCAACAUAAGGGCUUUGCACGUUGACACAUAAGGAAUGCUUUAUGUGAGGUUAUUCGUAAGAMGACAAUAUUUUUUAAAAAGGGGAAUUGGAAAGGAACUGGAUCAACUUUAUAAAUAUAUACAUAUAUUUACUAUUUGUAUUUUCAGUCCUUGUUAUAGCUUUAGAGAUUCUUAUUGAACUUAACUGGUGUUAGAACUUCAAGAGGUGCCUCUCGRAAUUGUUCCCAWUUCAAUGAUGAMGUGGAYUUGUGGGUUAAAAAGCACAAUUAAUGKKUUUUUUCUCUGUUGAUUUAUUCUUGUUUUUUGGUAACGGMCAGCACAUAUCAGCUUAUUAGUGSAUAUAGUGGCAAUUUCCGUUGCAUAAAUGAUUGUAAAUAGGCUAUAUUAGCAGAAGUAUACACUAAAUGAGAAGAGCUGGACAAGUGGAAUUGUUGAGUUUCUACCCAAGAGUCUACAGUCUUUUCACAAUUAAAGAUCACAAUUUCAGAUUAGUCCAACCCCUCAACAAAUACUUGAUACUAACAAACAUGUACAAUAAUGUGUGUGCGUAUGUGUGUAUAUUUUUGUAACUGUGCUUGUAGGAUGAUUGUGUAUGGCUAGGGUUGAAUCAACCUCWUGCCACUGUUAAUUGGCAGCUUUAGACUGUAGGCACACUACUCCACAGGUGACCAUGUAARCUAAUGCUUCUUUCAAUAGCUUCAUUUUCUGCACUCAUUCCCUCGCUAUAUAAUCCAAGUGGAUGACAUCCAUUUUGUUUUGAGUUGGGAAAAGCUGCUUUCAUUUUGAUAUACAGUAUUGUUGUAUAUUUGACUCCAUUCAUCAAAGAUGAAUAAUAAUAGUUGUUGUUAUGUGUUUACAAUUGUUACAUUGUUGCAGGUGUGUUGACGUACCUGAAACAAUCGACAAAGAGGACAUCAAUAUAAUCACUAGCUAAACAAGGAUUAAAACUGUGAUUUUUAUGUCCAGAUGUUUUCAUUAAAGCAAUGCCUUAUUGUGUGGAAGCCCAUACUCAUGUUCUUAAUUGUAUAAUCACGCUUGUGUUUUUAUGUCUUGUGACUAACGUGUUGAUCCAUAACCAGCUUUGUAUGUCAUUUUUUAUCAUGGAUGAUUUACCAGCACUAUAGAAGCAAAGGACAGAAUCAGUUUCGGUGAUAUACCUCAGAAUCUAUAGGACACAAAUUUUACAAGGAUGAAAUUCUUAAAUUAACUAAAUGUUCUUUGAAAAGAAGCAAAGGAAGUGAUUAUUUUAAGCAAAAAACAUAAGAAACUAGAAUUGAAAAAAUAUUUCACAUGAUUAAAAAAAAUGUCUUCCACAUUUUCGAAUUCAUCCAGACUUCCUUGUGGACUCCCGCUGUGUCCUCUUAUACUUACAGAGUAACAGACACAUCAAGUACAUGAUUUGUCGAUGUUUUUACUUUUCAACUAUCUCUUCAGUUAACAAGAAAGUCCAAAUAUUAUCGUAAAAUCCUGGGUCAUGGAAAUGGGUAUAUAGACAUUUACUGUAGAGAUGUUGUUAUAUAAAUUUGCUGGUCAUUGUCAAUUUCAAACAUUGUCACUGGUGUACUACCUGAAAUGUUAGGAGCUUGCGUAAUAUUGUUACAACUUGUGCAGUGUGUCCAUAUUUAAGACUUAAUUUUGCUUUGUCGUUUUGUCAUUACAACAGAGGCUAACAYUGCAAUUUUUCUUAUUAAAUGAUAUGCGUAUAUCAUUAUAUGACUAGCUAUAUUAUACUGUAUGUUCACAUGCAAUGUAGACACAGUAGAAAUUGAUGCACUUGAAAUAUUAAGAGCAUCUAUUACACUAGUUUCAAGCCCCUGUAUCAGCUAAGAUACUGAGAGGAUAGCAAAUAAAAUGUCAUUUAUUUUGAGGUUCAAGUUAAGGCCAGAGUACCAAAAAAAACAUGAUAGUUCAGUAUGGAGUUUCAUAGUCCUUGUCAAGCUCCAAUGAUAGUUUUAUAGCCAUUUUUUGUUGUUGUAGCUAUGUCAGAGAAAGAAAAAAAAAUUGCAACGAAAAAAUGACAUUUGAUGGCCCUGACUCUGACAUGGUGGACCUGCAACACUGUGUUGUACUGAUGUUACACCACCGGAAUCUUACAGACAUGUCUCUAAGCAACCAUCUGUCUGGCUCAAAUACAUCCACCCCAUUGCAGAGCUCUGGUUUUACUUUCCAGUCAGUCAAUGAUAUUGCCCACAAGAAGCUUUUCCCACACACAUGAGGCUAGAGCUCAGUUUUGGCAGUAGGUUCUGAGACUAACGUGCUGCUAAGUUGUUGCGUCCCAAGAUCUGUCUGCUGUAAAAGCACUGUUUACUUUUGUUGCAAAUAUUCCUUGCCAUUUAUUAAGCUUGUAUUUUUAUGUGUCAAUGUGGUAUGAAUGAAAAUUCCUUUGUGUCUUUGUUGCACAAACAAUGGAGGACUAAUUUAAAAAGCUUCAAAGCAAGCAGUAUACGACUGUUCCUGUGCAAAUGUUUUUGUUUACAAAUGAAUUAUUAAAGCACAUCCCAUGUGUAUUGUACAAAACAAUAAUCAGUUUAGUAAAUAUGGAGUCUGGGGGAAUUUUUUUGCAUGUUCAUUUAAACAAUAUUCACGAAUUAGAGAGUGAAUUGGUAAUAUUGGUAUUAUGUUUUUUCAUGGCUGAGGUAUAAACAUAUAACUAACUGUUUGUAAAGAAUGACAGAGGACCAUAACCCACAACUACUGUAUAUAUGGAAUUAUACAACUUGUUUGACAGUCUAAUAAAUGUAUAAACCUAAACAUUUCAACAUCAAAUUAGCAUGUACCCCAUAGAUAUAAUACUAUGGACCUCCAGGUUAAGUUACAAAUCGUUGUUAUCCUGUCACCUAUAUUAACUAGACUAAAUGCUACUCUGAGAUUUYUGCAAGAAGUUGCCCAAAUUGCAACCUCACCCACAAGGUCUUACACGCCACACAUUUGGAAUACACAUGAAACAAGAUAAAGAAACAACAUCUUUAUCCAMUGCAGUGCAUUGAUGACAAGACCUGCUAUAGUAUAUCCCUUUGUCCUUUGUCAUUAAAUAAAGUUUCCAGUGCUCYUCCACUGCUGCAGUUUGUAUAAWUCUAUUGGUAGGUAAAGUUGUUAACUACACAUUAMUGAUUAAAWUCAAUAGGGGAGCAUUAUCAACUCUUUUUUCCCCUCCUCUUCCCCUGAGAGUUUGAAUCURCUGUAUUGUACUAUCGACAGAGGUCAUUGACCUAAUGGCACUCACAGUAACAACAGAAYACAUUAUGACUGCCAUUACUCUGAUGACACACAUAUUAAUACCCACUGUUUCCAGAACAGCCAGUGCAA